AUGGAUGAUAUUUUAGUUUUACAAUUAGUAAUACAAACAAUUUGCUGGUUUGAUAUGCCACUUGAAAUUCGAGAAAUGAUUAUGAAUGAAAUGAAUACAAAAAUAUUGCUAAAACUUGGAGCAACCUGUAGAAAAUGUCAGGAAGAAAUUCAAAAAUCAAAAAACUAUUUCGAUAGUAUCGUUUUCAUGGAUUAUGAUGAUGAUGAAAGAAUACGAUUUAAAUAUUGGAUCCGAAUAAACGAUUAUUGCAUGGUAGUUCAAAAAAUCGAUGAAAAUAAUACAAAUAUAUCUUUUGAAGAAUUUAUCAGGGGGGAAAGGGUCGAAGUAUUGUUAGAACAUCGAAAUGAAAAUGUUCGGAAAGUUUGUUUGGAUAUAAUUCGAGAUUAUUUGGAAAGAAUUGGAAAUCGAUUGAGAGAAUUUGUGAUUGAGACAAUGGUGAGACAAUCUUUUUUUUCGAAAUGGUUUUUCAAAAUCUAAUUUUCCAGAAUAGUCCAAUUCGAUCUUUGCUUUUGUCCAACUUGACUCUUCGAAAUUGCACCAAACUGAAAGAACUCCGAAUUGGCAACACGAUGAGACAAAUCGAUUUGUUUGAAAUCGGUUUCAUUGAUUUCGAAACGAUCAAAAAUAUCAGUUCUGCGAUCGAAAUUCCAUCAACAUCUAUAAAUUUCAAUCAAUUAAUCCAACUUCGUGCGAGAAACAUCGAUAUUUAUUAUAUGGAAACAUUGAAUGAGAAAGAUGUGCAAAAUUAUAUUGAAUUAUGGAUGGAUGGUAAAUUGCAUUCAAAUUUUUGGAUGUUUUCUAUCAACACAGCUUAUAAAAAAUCGCUAAUGACUCGCAAAAUCGAUAUUGAUCUGAGUCGUUUUUAUUUUCGAGAAAAUACUAGAUACACUUCAAGAAAACGAAUUCAAUCCAGAGUCGAUCCAAAAUCAUUUCUUGAAAUUGGAGAGCAAACGGAUAUCCAUUUGUAUUUAGUCGUCAAAAAUGAGAAAUGA